GAUUAGGGUUAGUGUCCUUUCAGCAGUCGCAAAGUGUACAUCUGAACUCUACAUGCAGGAUUUUGUUAUUUGAGAUAAAUCCUUCCUAAGAAUAUCGAGUUUAGCAUAUUAAUUCUAAAUUAAUAUUACAUAUAACUUCUCUGUAAUUCUCAAUUACACUGAAACAUCACUAUGUGCGCAGCGAGUACAUCUGCAGCGAAUACAUCUUCAGAAGAAGACCCAGAAAGAGCCUAUAAAAAUUAGUGCAAGUGCAACAUGAUACGUUACUGCAGCAAACAUCAUCAACAAAAAUACGAAGACCAGCAUAUGGAUAUGUGCAAAAGUUUACAACGUAUUAAAUAUAUAUAUAAAGCACGUUUCAACGUUACAUUUCGUUUCAACCAGGAAGAAUGGAUCAAGACAAGAAAAGAAUUAAAAACUUUCGUUAGGUCGAAAUUGACACGUGAUCUAGAGACUUAUGAAAAGCACAUGAUCUUGUUCGCAAGAUCGUGUCUUAUUUGUCAUCAACAGUUUGAUCUUUCCCCUUGCUUGAGGUGCUAUUCCAGCAACUAUUGUUGUGAACACAAAGAAGCUUUUCAGAACCAACAUUAUUUCAAUUGUAAUGGACUUAAGUUAUAUUUCGAUUUAGCUUUGAAACUUCCGCAUGAUUACAAUAAAUGUCGCAAAAAUUUUUUUCUGUUUCCCGAUGAGGAUAAACCCGUUGCUGACAUGAAUACAUUUAUUCUGCAAUAUAUACGAAAAAAAGGGAAUGUAAAUAAAUCAGAUACUUUGGAAGAAUAUAUCUGUUCUGAAUACGUGUCAGGACCGUUAACAUUGUACUAUAAAAUGAAAGAUUUAAAUCUAUUAAAUAUCUUCACUGACAAAGGGUAUAUGUGUGUUGUACAUAUAAUAGCGGCAAGCUCGGUUGACAAAGAAUACCUCUCUGCAUGGGAAAUUCUCCUGCAUCUUUUAGAUGAAAUAAAUCAUUUAAAAAUUGUUAUGAUAGGAUCGGAAUUAAACGACAAAUGUAAUUAUAUCAAUGUUUGUUUUAGAUGCAAAUCCAUAUAUAAAAAGUUCAGUUUCGAAUCUUACCGUAUGUUGUACCACACUUAUGUAAACAGUGAAUAUUAUAUACGGCCAAAUGUGAUAUUAGGAUUUCAAACAGAUUUUAGUGAUGUGAGAAUAUGGUCUGCACCGCUUAUAGAAUUACGGAAUCAAGACUGUCCGUUUCUUGUAACUGCUAAAUCGAAAAUUAAAUCCGAUCAAAACAUAAGUAACAUAGAAAGAGUUCUAGGUGAAUUAUUAAAUUUAAUACAUAAUGACGAAAAUAAAUUCAGCUCGUCUAUGCCAUGUAGGGAUUUUGAGAACGAUUCUGUUUUCUACCGUAAUAAGUAUGUAGCUGUCUUUUUGAACAUAUUUCCUUUGAUGUGGUCAUCUUCCAGUAUACAAAUGUAAUAUCAGGAUGACUAUAACAUUGUAAACGAUAACAAUAACAUUGAAAAUUUUAAAUGUAAUUUAUUAAGCAAUAUAUUUAUUGUUCUGAUAAAUGUGUUGUAGAUUUUUUUAAUAAAGGAUGUAUUUCUUAUAAAGAAACACAUUGAAACUGCA